CUGGGGUAGGCUACAGACUAUGUUUUCAAUGUCUUCGUCUUUUUCUGUUUACUAAGAGUGCCCCCACCCUUGGUGGUAAUAGAGUAGUGUUUGCAUUUGGACAUUUGGAUCACUUGGUCUGUCAUCACUGCUUGUUUGUAAGGUCACCCACCAUACUGAAGCAUAAUGUUUUGUAAUGUAAUGUUAUGUUUUAUGUUGUAAUGUUACAUAUCAUUUUAAAGCUGUUCAAUGCCCUUUUCUUCUCAUGUAUAUAUCAUAGAAUGUGGUUAGACACACGGCAAUGGAUUGUGUAGGCUGGAGACACUGGCAUUCACAUAAAGAAAAAAAAUAGCAACAUUUGAACUUUUGUCUAGACUAGAGGAAGAACAUCUGCCCUUCACAGCCAGUCCACAAAUCCACUGCCACCAAUCACCCUCCAUUUCCCGCCUCUAAUCCCACCCCCCGGCCAAUGGCCUGGCCCUGCUGCUCUGCAGCCUAACAACCAGGUCACGUGACCAGCCUGGGCCAAUGGCUCUGUGGCUGUGUCUGAAUGACAUCACUCGCUCAGGCUGGUUUCCUCCAGCAGCAGCGCCUCAUUUUCUGCUGAGAGAGAGUGGUGCCGUGCUAAAAUGGAGGCUGCCUCCUGCGCAUAGUCUCCUCUGCGCUCCGCGUUCACUGCACCCUAGCCCUGUCCCCCUGCCCCGCCGCCUGAGCAUCCCUACUCCUGGAUGUUGGCAGGCUCUCGAGCGGAGGGCACCAUGGUACUGGAAGCCCCCGGCUCCAACGGGCCCUUCCCGCCCGUAGCCCUCCUGCACUUCCGAGACGUGCCCCCGGCGGAGCAGGAGAAGCUGUUUAUCCAGAAGCUGCGGCAAUGCUGCGUGCUGUUCGACUUCGUGUCCGACCCGCUGAGCGACCUCAAGUGGAAGGAGGUGAAGCGGGCGGCGCUCAGCGAGAUGGUGGAGUACAUCACCCACAACCGCAACGUCAUCACCGAGCCCAUCUACCCAGAGGUGGUGCACAUGUUUGCAGUGAACAUGUUCAGAACGUUGCCCCCCUCUUCAAACCCGACAGGGGCGGAGUUUGACCCAGAGGAGGACGAACCCACGUUAGAGGCAGCGUGGCCACACCUACAGCUGGUGUACGAGUUCUUCCUGCGCUUCUUAGAGUCUCCAGACUUCCAGCCGAACAUUGCCAAGAAGUACAUAGACCAGAAAUUUGUAAUGCAGCUCCUGGAGCUGUUUGACAGUGAGGACCCGCGGGAGCGGGACUUCCUGAAGACCACUCUGCAUCGCAUCUACGGCAAAUUCCUGGGCCUGCGCGCCUACAUCAGAAAACAGAUCAAUAACAUAUUCUAUAGGUUCAUUUAUGAGACAGAACAUCAUAAUGGAAUAGCAGAAUUGUUGGAGAUUUUAGGAAGCAUAAUCAAUGGCUUCGCCUUGCCUCUCAAAGAGGAGCACAAAAUAUUCCUAUUGAAAGUGUUGCUGCCUUUACACAAAGUCAAGUCUCUUAGUGUUUACCAUCCACAGCUGGCCUACUGUGUGGUACAGUUCCUGGAGAAAGACAGCACACUGACGGAGCCAGUGGUGAUGGCUCUGUUGAAGUACUGGCCCAAGACGCACAGCCCCAAGGAGGUGAUGUUCCUCAACGAGCUGGAGGAGAUCCUGGACGUCAUCGAGCCCUCCGAGUUCGUCAAGGUCAUGGAGCCGCUCUUCAGACAGCUGGCCAAGUGUGUGUCCAGCCCGCACUUUCAGGUUGCCGAGAGGGCGCUGUACUACUGGAACAACGAGUACAUCAUGAGCCUGAUCAGCGACAACGCAGCCAGGAUCCUCCCCAUCAUGUUCCCCGCACUCUACCGCAACUCCAAGACCCACUGGAACAAGACGAUCCACGGCCUCAUCUAUAACGCCCUGAAGCUCUUCAUGGAGAUGAACCAGAAGCUGUUUGACGACUGCACCCAGCAGUUCAGGGCGGAGAAAAACAAAGAGAAGAUGAAAUAUAAGGAGCGAGAGGAGGCCUGGAUUAAGAUUGAGAAUCUGGCCAAGUCGAACCCACAGGUAACAGGACAACACAGACUCCAGUCCACUAAUACCAAGUACGUGACGCAUGUGGAGCCGGGUGAACUUGGCAGCCCCGUUGACAUGGAAACAGACGGCCCGCUGAUGGAUGAUGUCAACAUGCUGAGGAGGAACGUGGAGGAGGAGGCAACGCAGGUUCACCGUGACCAGCAGCGCAAGGAGCGCCCACUUGUGCGUCGCAAGUCGGAGCUUCCUCAGGACGUGUCGACGGUGCGAGCCCUGGAGACGUACCGCCGCGCAGACGACAUGAUCAGCCCCACCGAAGCUCACUAGGGAGCCACACCAACACGCAGCGGCGGCAGGAGCCAUCCAGGACCCAUCUCCACACACACACACACACACACACACACACACACACACACACACACACACACACACACACACACACACACACACACACACACACACACAGAGGCCUGGCUCCUUCCUGGAGCUUCAAAUCAGCACCCCGUCAUCACCACAGCCCUGGGAAAUCUAGUGGGAUGCUGAUGUCUGGCUCUUUUUGUUCGUUUCUUAUCUUGCUCUCUCGUUCUUGUUCUCUUCCUCUCUUUGACUUUGUCUUUCUCUCUCUCUGUAUCCCCCCCCACCGCCUCUCUCCCUCCCUCCAUCACUUCUGUUUCACUCUGUAUUCUCAGGUUUUUAUGUUGCUGCUGUCUUCUUCUAUUCUUUAUCUUCUCCAUGUCAUCCUCUCUCUUCCUGUCCAAGUCCCAAUGUUCACCCCCCUACCCCCAUGGAAAGUGGUGGGGACAUUGAUGGCAAAUUGUCUGGAUAGGCUAUGCCGUUUUUUGCAACGUUUGUGAAAACGUGAAGGGGACAAGCUAGGUUUAUCUCCAAAACGAUGUCGACAUGUCCCCACCAUCCACAUCUAAAAUUACACCCAUGCCCACCCCUCCAUGUUCAUCCCCCUACCCUACCCCAUCACUGCGCUCUCUCUCUCUCUCUCUCUCUCUCUCUCUCUCUCUCUCUCUCUGUCUCUCUAUCUCUCUCUCUCUCUCUCUCUCUCUCUCUCUCUCUCUCUCUCUCUCUCUCUCUCUCUCUCUCUCUCUCUCUCUCUCUCUCAGCCUCAGCCUCAGCCUCAGCAUCAGCAGCACCUUCUGUCUUCUCAUUAGCACCCAUUUGUGCCUGCCUGUCCACCACUAGUUCUAGCACAUUCUUAGCGAGAUGUCAAAGUGGUUUCAGUACAACAACAACAAAAGGGGUGCCUGCCUGGCCAUGGACGCAGCAGUGGAUGUGAGCAUACAAAAAAAAUACAAGUGCGCAUGUAUGUUAGGGUGUGCGCACUGUGUGUGUCUGCGUGUGUCUGUGUCUGUGUCUGUGUCUGUGUCUGUGCGUGUGCGUGUGCGUGUGCGUGUGCGUGUGCGUGUGCGUGUGUGUGUGUGUGUGUGUGUGUGUGUGUGUGUGUGUGUGUGUGUGUGUGUGUGUGUGUGUGUGUGUGUGCCUGCGCACCAGAGCUGAUCUCUAAAGGACAUGGGUGGGAGAUGUCGUUCCUCGGUCCUACUGAUACCCAUGAACUUGUUGAUCUUUUGGGACAGUAGCAGGGAACCUGAAAAGCUACAAAGGCUGUGUGCCCGGGGGGGGGGCUAUGAUGGCUCACAAACUUGUAUGUAUGUAAGUAUGUUUGUAUGUGUGUAUGUACUGUAUGUAUGUAUGUAUGUUUUGAGUUAUUUUCCUUUUUUUUUAAACGGUUGGUUUUAUUUGGCAAUGGAUACUCGGCCAAAUGUGUGUUUAACACACAAAAGAUGCUAUUAAAAUAAUAAUUAUUAUUAUAUAA